CCCAUCUGGUUCCCGCCAGUCGCGUGGGAGCCGGCGUCCUGGGCGGUAGAGGUCAUCACACAUUUCCUCCAACUGGUGUUUUGCUGCUUCUGCUCCUCACAGUUCAUACCAGUUUGAUUUUGUGAACUUAGGAAUCAGAUUCCAUCCUUACACCCGUCCAAAAUAAAAUAUAACGGCAUGGCUAACCGUCCGAGGACAGCGUCCACAAGAAAUGAGGAGGACAUGAUGGCAGUCGCCCGCAGGAAGAUCCAGCAAACAACCGAUCCUGUGGAAAAGCUGCGGCUUCUCUGCCUCAGCCGCGGCGCCGCUGGCAUCAUGGGUAUGGGCAAAGUGUUCCGCAGGAUGGACGACGACGGUUCUCACAACCUCAACAUGGAGGAGUUCAGUAAGGGUAUCAGGGAAACUGGUCUAAAGCUUGGUGAAGAGGAUACAGAGAAGCUUUUCAAGGCUUUUGAUAAAGAUGGUGGAGGGUCUGUGAACUAUGAUGAAUUUCUCGUGGCUAUAAGGCCAAAAAUUAAUGAAAGAAGAAAGAAACUGGUAGAUAUGGCUUUUGACAAGCUAGACAAAACAGAUGAUGGCAUAGUAACCCUGGAGGACUUGAAGGGGGUGUACUCGGUCCAGAGGCAUCCUAAGUAUCAAUCUGGAGAGAUGACCGAAGACCAGAUCCUGGGAACUGUUAUAAAGAAGUUUGAGAACAACACAUCUGAAGAUGGCAAGCUAACAAAGGACGAGUUCUACGACUAUUACUCAGGAAUUAGCGCCUCCAUCGACCAAGAUGCAUACUUUGAUCUCAUGAUGCGUAAUGCUUGGGGUAUUAAAUAAGUGAUUUCGCUAGGUAAUUUAACUGACCACACAUUGUAGCAAUGUUUUAAGAUACACUGGAACAGUGAUUAUAAAUGGCCUUUUUAAUAGCAAAGAGUACUACAGUACCAGGUAUAUACUGUACCAUAGAAUGCACUUGUCUCCAGACCAUAUACCCUGUAUUACCUGCGUUACUUUCUGAGUACUGUUCUAUAUUUUCAGUUUACUGUACUAGGAACGCUCGAUCUUUCUUAAGUUUUCCGUAAUACUUGUGUCGUUACUUCCCUGGCAGAACCUUGAACGAUUGCUACCAUUUUAGCAUGAUGCAGAUCACCAACUGAAAGAUAUUAUGGAUAAGUGUUACUUCUAACAUUAAACUUGUUAGCGAAUGUGUACUUAAUGGAAGUACUGUACUGUAGAUAGUCCAGUGACAGUACCACUCGGAACCAGUGAAUGUACAGUACAGUAUACGUAAAUGUUUGGUGAUCACUCAUCGGAUCCCUUACAAUAGUCCAAGCUAUCCUAAAUUUCUCCAAACUGGUCUACAUAAUUGUCAUGACGUGAUCAAUACCUCGGAAAACAUGUAAGAUAAUUCCGAAUGUGUUUAUAUGUUGCAAAUUAUAAAAAAAAUAUAUAUAUAUAUUUCGCAGCAAGUUUGACAAGGUCCGAGUUUUCCAAAAUUGUGAGGUACUGAAACCGAACUGUCGAAGUUUGCCGUAUUGAAAUGUUAGUAGAUGUAAGUUCAUAUCAGUAAACUGACCCAUGCGCAGUACUGUCCUAUCUACAGUAUAUUGAAAAGGCAAUUUAUAGUGACUUGCAUAUAAAGCAGGAUAAGUUCUGUUCAGUCAUCCUGCCCUACAUGUGUGGUGCCCAUGGGAUUUCUUAAAUGUAGCUCUGAAGUCAUUCCAGUUAUUUCCAUCUGAGUUUUGAUGUUUAGAAUAUUUAGGGAAAUAUUUCAGUGUAUAAGUUGCAGUGUACUACAGUAUAUAGCUAACAGUCGAUAUAAUAGUUGACAGGAGAUAUAAUUUGCAUUACGCUUAUGAAACUAUACCGCACUGACUUUGAUAUCAAUAGAUUUGUUGUGAGAAGUUUUUAAUUUACUGUAUUUCAUAUUCCUUUUACUUGUACCCUUUUAUAUAUGGAAAAGAUGAUUUGGUUCUCCAGGUUUAUUUAGUAUCUUAAUUACAUUGAUUGUUUUAAAGUGAGCAUUAUGAGUCCACUAAUUAUUUCAACCAUGGUAUUUAAGUAAAUUUUUCAGUAAAAAAUAAGUACAGUAUUUUGUUUCUUACUCUUCAUAUAAAAAAUAAAUGUCGUCUCAUCUAUUUGAUUAUAUCUGUUAACGCUCAUAGGAGAGUUAUUGAUUUGUGCUCGAUAAUAAGACCCAUAACGAUGACGCGAAGAGUAUAAUUCGGUCAAAACCUGAUAUAACAAAUGCUGGUAUAUCAGGACACAUAG